GGACAGUUUGUUAUUUGCGGGGGCUGGGCAGACGGUGUAAGAUUCUGGUUGUAGAUGGAGGAACAAGAGGUAUCAGAUGCCAUGCUUUCCACAGAGUGCACUCAAAAUGUUGUGGGGGAGUUUGCAGCGAUGAGAAAUACUUGGAACAGUAACUCCAUUGUAGCAACUGACAAGAGCACCCUUACAAAUUGGUAUGCUUCUGCAAUUAUUGGACCAGGAGGUGUCAAAUGCCAUAUGACUUCCAAGCUUCUGGAGAAAACACUGAAAAUCUUGUGUUUGGAGUUAGCAAUGAGAGGAAAUAGUUGGAAGAAUAACACCAUUGUAGCAACUGACAAGAGCACCAUUGGAGUUUAUACAAAGUGGCAUCCUUCUGCUAUUUCUAGUUACUUGUGGUGGCUGAGAGAACUCUGCAGUCUGCUUCGCAAACUUGGGGUCAUGUUAUAGUAUGGAAAUUUAGCACUAUGAUGAUAUUUUCUUUACAUGUGCAGACGUCAGAGAUUGACUACCAGUUGUGUCAUGUCUUGUUGUAUUAACUUUCAUAUAUGAUCUCCUAUCCUUUCGAUAUAGUAGUUGAACUGAGGUCAAAGCUUCUUGCAGAACAUCGUGGCAUUCCUGCUGGUUAUUCCAUUGAUUUUACCACCCAAAUUAGCUGUCACCUGAGCAGAUUUCUUAGGAUUGAUCACUUCCAGAGGAUGACUCGUCCUAUUUGCAUUGCUUUCGUUUUCAGUCAGUGAACAUAUAUUUUGUGGUCACUUGCAUGGCCAUCCUCUUACCAGAGCAUUUUAUUCAGGGAUAUCACGUGGUUCCUCAUCUCAAUCAGAUGCAUGAUAAGUUCAGUUUGCGAAAACCAUAUAUUUCAGCUUUGCAAUCAAUUGUUCUUUGAAUAUGCUAGGAGUUCCAAGUUUUCUUCUUCGGCUUUAUUCUUGCCUGUCAUUCCAAGUGCUGUCACUGAACAAGAAUAAUUAAAGUCAAUAUGGAAAUAUCUGGACAAGUGAAAUUAGAUUUACUUGGCUGUAUUGGAGUUGUGGAAGAUCUUUAUUCAUGGUAAUGAAAGCAUGAUAUCCAAAUCUGGAGUAUCCAUCAAUUUCACUUCAGAUGACUGAUGUUGCAAGUGCUGGAUCUAUUUUUAAGCGGUGCACCGCAAUGUGUAAUCAUAUGUUGGUAUCUCUUCUUGCAUUAGUCUUAUUGGCUCUUCCAUUUAAUGGCCUUUGGGGUUAUCCUGGACUCUCUACUACUUAUUGCUAAAUGACUAAUCAUAUGGCUCAAGGUUGUGGGGGGCGAGAUCAUAGAAUUCAUGAAUUUAGAGGCAGGCCUGAGAGAAGAAACUCACCCCGGCGGAGGUAUUCCCCUGACAGAGAUACCAGAGGCCAUUUAUUUCGUAACAAGAUGCCACCACGUUCUCGAGGAUCUAGUCAAUCAAGAUCCCCCAUCAGGAAGAGUGAGAGAAGGUCUAAGAAGGAAGUAGAUGGUGAAAAAAGCGAUUCAUCAGGAAGUUUCAACACCUCUGAAAAUGAAGAUAGAAAAAAAGACAACAGACAUUCCAGCAGUGAUGAGAAGGAUGAGAAGGAUGACGGUGAAGCACAGCUGAAACAAAUUGCACUGGAUAUGAAAGCAUUGCAUGAAGAUAAAUCCAAACUACAGAUGAUAUUGGACGAGAAAAUCGACGAAGCAGGCAUACUUUCUGGCAGAGUAGAUGAUCUUGAAUCACAGUUGAACAAAGAGAAAGAAGAUUGUGAAAGGAUGACCUCCAAAAUAAAGAAACUCAUCAAAGCAUAUGGGCGUUACGUGAAAGCACAGGAUGAUUUAAAAAGGUCUCAAGGCCGUUUUGAGAGGUUGGCUGAUUCACUUGCUUCUGAUUCCUUGAAAUCUGGUACCAAAGAACAAGGUUCCAGUGUGAAUGCUGGUAAUGAUGACCCAUAUAAUGCUUAUGAAAUGAGCCCAGAUGACCAGCGGCAGAAGAAUGGUUCAGCAGCUAGAAAAAGAUCUGCUGCCCUUUCAACAAGCGAAGAAGAAAAAACUGGGAAGAAAAGGAGAGUGAAUGGUAAUGAUAUGAUCCAUGUGCCACGGAAACAUAUACCAGGAGGUGCUCUAGAGUCUCUUAAAAAUAGCAAUGGAACUGAAUCUCUGAAAAAAUUAGGGGAGGAUGACAAUAAUGACGAAAUAAAUGUCAUUUCUUCUGGCAAUGAUUUUACAGACAGGUACAAUGGCAACGAGGAGGAUGAUCCUGUGGACUUGUAGACUCGGGUGGUGGGUGGCAGAUGUCAGCUGUAAGGAGUUAGAUUGAAACAUUGAAUGGAGGAAAACCUGGGUGGCUUUGAAACCCAGUACUUUUUGCUAUAUUAUAUCCAGUUCUCUAUACAUCGGGCGGUCGAAGCUCAGCGUCCCCGCAGCUGUGCUCUGCAGCAGUUAACUUACGCGAAGACAGAUUUUACAGUAUUGCCGAAACAUGUUUUGCCUUAUGGGGGAAGUUUUCUUCUUAAUAUCGCCGGACCUCGAAGUUGCUACCUGAGCUUGUAUGGAGCCUAUGACAGCCCUUCCUGAAAAUUGUUUAGAGGUUUUGACACCCGUCAUACGUUACACUGCUGCUAUUUUAAAGCCCUUCUUGUGCCUGUGGAAGUGAAAUGCAUUAUAUCGCAUGCCGCCUAUAUUUGCAAUGCAAUGCCAAUUUGGUCCCUGAACUUGAGGGUUACACAUUUA